UGAAACUCAGAAAACAAGAUGGAAGUCAUAUAAUAAUAUUCCACACACCAAAUUUAAGAAAAAAUUAAAUAAAAAAUUCUGUAACGUUCAGAUUUUCAAACACAUGGGUUCUUUUGUUGACCGAAUUGAAACAGCUUUUUCCAGGUUGGUGGGUUGAAGUGGGGCAAAUCAAAAUCAUGUCUUUUGCAGCUCACUGACACAUUCUUCCAUUCAACAUUUACUCCAAAAGAAUACAAACUUCACCACUUUGAUUUGAAACUGUUCGUUCUUGAAACACUCAAAAGACAACCUGUUCUGUUAAUCACACAACAAUGGCUAUCAAAUCUUGGGAUGGAAGAAACAGAAACAGAGCUACCUAGGAGUUUCAGAAUGCUCUGUUUCAGAAAGAGCAAGAAAUUAGUAUUUGGACGUUUAUUGGAUUAGUCAAACCAUGGAAUUAUUAGUUUAAUCAUCAUGAACGAGAAAUCUGUGGGUUAAUUAAUAUAAAGUGAAUUGAUGAGAGACAAAAAAGAUGAAAAGCCAAAAGCGAAACGUUUACGGAGAUACCAUUUUUGUUCGUGCCCUUUGGCCAUGUUAUAAUGAGCCAUUGAACUUCUCUGUAUUACGAAAUCAAAAUGGAUCGGCUUCUGCUACAAUGGGUUGUUCUUAUGAUCUCCAUUACCACACUCUGUCAAGCUUGCCACCCUGCAGAUUUCAAGGGUCUAACCAGUUUCAAGUCUGCGAUUUCCCACGACACUUCCGGCAGGCUUGCCAAGUGGGUCGGCCGGAACUGUUGCGGCUGGGACGGCAUCUCUUGCCACAAUGCCACUGGCAGAGUCAAGGAGAUCAAUUUGCCAGGCUUCAUAUCCACUGGCGAUAUCCCCUUUCAAUCUGAGAUGAUGGGCUGUCUUUCUUCUUCAAUAACUCUGCUUGAUGCUGUUGAGAUCAUUGAUCUUGGAGGGUUGAUUGGCCUUGGUGGAACCAUUCCUAAAUUCAUUGGCUUACGCCUCCGCAACCUGAGGAAGCUUUAUCUUUAUGGCAACAAGCUGAGAGGUCCACUUCCUGAGAGCAUAGGUAAGCUUAUGAAACUUGAAGAGCUUGCUGUCCAUGAUAAUAGGCUGUCGGGUUCGCUCCCUGCAAGCCUUGGCAGCCUCAUGUCUCUGCAUUCCUUGCAUCUCGAUGGAAAUCGGUUUUCGGGUUCGAUACCGGAUUCGAUUACGAACCUUACGAAGUUGGUUCGGAUGGAUUUACAUAGCAACUCCUUCGUUGGUCGGAUUCCUGAGAGAAUUGGUGAGUUGCAGAUGUUGAAUGAGCUUGAUCUUUCGAACAAUUUCUUGAGCGGGAAGAUUCCCAUUUCCUUAACAAAAUUGACGGCUCUCUCUGUUUUGUAUUUGGAUAACAACAAUCUGGAGGGGCCAUUGUUGUUCCCGCCGGCUCUUGCUUUUCUUAGAUUGAGUAGUAACCGGCUUAGUGGAACCAUCCCUCCAAGUUUCGGGGAGCUUGUCUCUCUCAAACGAGCUUCACUUUCAAACAACAAACUUGAGGGGACAAUUCCUUCUUCUUUGGGUCGGUUAUCAGCUCUGUCGGAGUUGUAUCUUGAUUACAACAGAUUCUCCGGCGAAUUACCGGAAUCAUUUGGGCAGCUUUCGCAGCUCAUUCUCCUGGAUCUCUCUCACAAUUUCAUUAAAGGGCCGUUGCCGGAGAUGUCGUCGCUUCAAAACAUUCAAACCAUUGAUCUAUCUUUCAACCGUUUGAGCCUGACCGCGAUCCCCCAAUGGCUGGGUAAACUGCCAUCUCUUUCUAAAAUGUAUCUUGCAGGGUGCGGAAUCCGUGGCGAAAUUCCAGAGUUCUUGCGAAGAACUCCAAGUCCAAUUCAGGAACUGGAUCUUUCCCUGAACUAUCUUACUGGGAAAAUUCCAGAAUGGAUUGGAAGCCUCACUGCGCUCUAUUCACUAAAGCUAUCACAGAAUUCACUGGUUUACGAGAUUCCACAUUCCAUUACGAAAUUACAGGACUUGCGAGUGCUGGAUUUGCAUUCGAACAAGUUAACAGGCGACAUACGACAGAUCUUCAAGAUAGAACACGGAUUCCCAGAUGAUUCUUUAACGUACAUUGAUCUCUCCGACAAUAACUUCUCCGGGGAAUUUGAUCAAGUCGAUGUCGGACAACAACCAGCGAUCCAGUUUCUGAAUUUGUCGCAUAACAAUCUGAAAGGAAGAUUACCCAUCUCAAUCGGAGGUUUGAAAUCAAUACAAAGCCUGGAUUUGAGCUCCAACAAUCUGGGGUUCGACUUGCCAGAGGCUAUGGUGAAUGCCAACCAAUUAGAAACGUUGAAGCUGCAAAGAAACCAUUUUACUGGAAAAAUUCCAAAAGGGUUUCUGAAAUUACGAAAGUUGAAGGAAUUGGAUCUGUCGAACAAUCUGUUAGUGGGAGAAAUUCCAGCGGGGAAGCCGCUGAGCGAUUUCCCUCGAAGCGCUUACAUGGGAAACAGAGGAUUGUGUGGAAAGCCAUUAAACCCAUGUAAGCUUUGAUGGAGAAGAAGAUGAAUUCAAAUAUCUUAGCUAUAAGCAGUGUUAAAUUACUGAUCUUUUCAAAGAAAAAAACGUCAUAUCUCAUUAAAAAUUUGCUUUUUUAGUGAACUUUUUUGUAUGAAUACAAUGGCGAUGCACUUUACAGAA